AUGGUUAUUGGGUGUGUUUCAACGGUUCAAAUGGUGAUUGGAUUUGGAUUUGAAGUGGUAAAAAUCACGAAUCCACGUAGGAAUAACACUAACCCAACAACACCAGUUACAGAAGAACCUCGAAGUCCAAUUAAUGAAUUCAUAAGAAAUCGAAGAAAAGGGUAUCAAGAAAUGGUUGAUGGAUUAUACGUCAAAUAUAUGAAUCGAUUAGUUGGUGUACAACAACAACAAGCAGCCUAUGUACAACAACAGCAUCAUCACCAUUACUAUCAUCCACAACCUCAAUACAUUUAUACACAACAACAGAAAUACUAUUAUCCACCGACGACAGUGAAUAAUCCGGCUGCCGAAUCAUCAAUGCAGGAUGAAUAUGAAUUAGGAGUUUCGGCUGAAGAUGAAGAAAUACCAGUAUCGCCGACAGAUGAGCGAGAAGAGGAGGAGGAGGAAGAAGAAUCAUUUCAAAGAGAUUAUAUGAAGAAUACAGAUUUUGAUGAUGAGUAUAAAAAUUAA